UUUGAGGUGAGCUAGCGGCUCUUAUCGUUUAUCUCUGUCAUUCAUUCUCCUUCUCACUUCCUCACUCAUUCUCAUUUCCAUUCUCAUCCUCAUUUGAAUUCUAUCAUCCUCAUCAACAUGGGCAUCCUUCCGAUGUCUGACAAGUUUCCGCUUUUGGUCGUUUUGAACCCAAACUCUGGCACGAAACAGGCCCGUGAAGUCUGGGAGUCUAUUGUCCAGCCUGCACUUAAUAAGGCCCAGAAACCUUUUACUCUGAUUGAGAGCGUUGCGCAAGGAUAUACUCAAUCAUACUUUUCCAACAACAUCAAACGUAUUAUCAUAGACCUUGUUCAAUCGCUCAGCUUAGUCAAUGACGAGGGCAAUAUCACUCGACCAAGUACUGCCACUCUACAAAUUAUGGUCCUUGGUGGAGAUGGGACGGUCCAUGAGAUCGUAAAUGGUGUCCUUCGAGGCGUGGAAGGGACCGCUUUUGUCUCAAAUGAGUUCCGACCCAAGGUGGAGCUUUCAAUCAUCCCUACAGGCACAGGGAAUGCUAUCUCCACGAGUCUUGGCGUCAAUGGACCUCAAGAUGCAUUGGAUCGCUUUCUGAAUGGAAACACAACGCCAUUACGCCUCAUGUCCGUGUCAACAAAGACGUCUAAUAAUCUUUGGGAAAUUUCUGUGUACACCGUUGUGGUGAAUAGCUAUGGAUUGCACUGCGCAACAGUGUAUGACUCUGAAGAGUUUCGGCACUUGGGUAAUGAACGGUUCCGUCAAGCAGCCAUGAAAAAUAUAGAGAAUCUGAAACAGUAUGAAGGACAGCUAAUGUUUUAUGGCCCACUGCAAAGCUAUAAUCGAUCAUCGGCAUCUUUCGUUACCGCCAUUAAUACUGACAAUGAUGAUAAUCGAAAUGACGGUCUCGAUAAUGUUACGGCCUCCCUUUCAGGGCCAUUCACAUAUCUGCUGAUUACAAAACAAGCCUCGCUUGAGCCUGGAUUCACGCCUACGCCGCUUGCACAUACUUCAGACGAAUGGAUGGAUGUGCUAGCACUCCAGAACGUGGGCAGGGAUGAGAUUAUUCAAAUGUUUGGAGCCACAGCAACAGGUCAGCAUAUAGAGCAAGAAAAAGUCGAGUAUUUCAAAGCAAAAAGGAUUGAAAUGGAGACGCCUACACAGGGUCGUUUGUGCAUUGAUGGCGAGUUCCUGACUAUCAAAGGUGGAUAUGAGGGUCGCGUACGUUUCGAAGUGGUACCAGACGUGAACACACAAAUCUUUGGGGUGUACGUGUAGAAGCAUAGUGUAGACGUGGGUUAGCUGAACAGCGAAGCUCGAUUCUGUCGCGCGGAAAAUAUGAUGAUCGCAUCUUGCAAGUUUAUUAUUAUUAUUAUUAUUAUUAUAUUUCGCGCACUAAAUGAUUCCCAGUCCAAGUUUGCCAGUUUUCAUCCAUUUGUACAUUCAAUCUUCUACACAUGCUAGAUACUCUCGUUUCCCUCCUACCUUAACUACCUAAAAUGAACAAUAAAUAGAGCAGAUAGUAACAGACAUGCUCUACUUCCAGAC